AUGGCUUCACAUAAACUCAUGAUGAAAAUUUCUAGAGCGAGAGAGCGUAAAGAUUUUACCGACUUUGAGCUGGAGUGCGAGAGCUGCACCAUCCCAGUCCACAAGAUCAUCUUGUGCAGCCAGUCCGAGCUAUUUUCCCGGGUCUGCAAUGGAAAAUACCAGGAGUCUGAGAUUGGAGUCUACAGGAUGAUUGACGAUUCUUUAACCAUGGUGCAGCGCAUGGUCGACUACUUCUACACGGGUGACUACAAUGACGAACCAUCGUCAAAAGCCGAAGAUGGGCUGUCCUCAUUGCAAGUCAACGCGCGCAUGUUUGCGCUCGCAGACAAGUAUUUCGUCGACGACUUGAUGGUACUAGCAGCAGCCAAGUACGCAAAAGCUCUUCAAGAUGACCCCGAUUGUCGCCGGUUCCUCGCCUCGGUGGAAGAUGUGUUCACUUUGACACCGGAUUCGGUCAAACUACUGCGGAACAAGGCCGUUGACUUUGCGCGAAGGUACGUGGAGAAGGGUACAUGGGAUGCCGACUUCGGUUCUCUGUACGACCAAGUCGCUUUGGAAAAUCCGGGUUUCGUGAAGGGGCUCCUUGACUCCAUCAUCAGAAAACCCCUUACGGAGAAAUGCACUAAGUGUGGGCCGACAAAACAGAUCCAGACAAAGCAGCGGAGGGCUGAGUAUGACUUCAAUGAGAUGGUCGUGAAUGCGGUAUUGAUUCUGUUCCGAGGCGUAUAG